UCGCUCUCUAUUCCCAGAUUUUUUUAACAAAGCAAAAACCAAAAGAGAAAGAAAGCAAGGAACUCAUGGGGAAUUGUAUAAGGCACGAUAAAUCGUCGUCGGUGAAUUGGGGAGGUGAGGAGUGGGGGUCUCUGGCAAAUGAUGAUCGAGAUCACAAGCAUAUGCGGAAGAUGAAGAAGAUAGAAGAAGAAGAAGAAGGAGAAGAGGGGCUUCUUGGAGGUGAAGAUGGUAAAUUUGGUUCUUACGAUUCUGCGGAGACGAAAGUUCCACCACCAGCAGGAGCUACAGAAGUGAAGAUAAAGAUGACUAAGAAGCAGCUGGAGGAGUUGAUGGGUACGGUGGAGCUGAAGCAAAUGACUGUGCAGCAGGUUUUGGCACAGUUGAUCAUGAGCGUCAGUAGUAAUGAUAGUGAUCCAUACGAGACUGAUCAUCAACGGCCGUGGAGGCCUGUCCUUCAGAGCAUUCCCGAGGUCAAUUGAUGAUGAUCAUCAUGAGGAAUCGACCUUGAUCCAUUUGCCUGUAGUUUUUGUACAGGUUGUUAAUACUGUAAAAAGUUUGUUCAGUUUUGUAAUAGAGUUCAGAAAAUAGUUAUACAAUUUUUGCUCGAUUAAUUCUCGCAUCGAUC